AUGGUAACGCCAAGCACGCUGGGUUACGGUCUCGAGUUGCUCUUGACAAAGUUUGAUAUUAUAUCGAGCAAGCUGCAGGGAAUGGAAGUUAAGCUGCAAAGUGUGGAAGAUAAGGUGCAGCGAAUAGAAGAUAAGCUGCAGGGUGUGGAAGACAAGCAGACGAACGAAAAUCUAAAGAGUCUAACGGUUGAUGGUUCCUCGUGCAAAAAUGUUCCUUCGAAACUGUCUGGAACGUAUCUGAUCCGCGUGAAGAAUAAUAGUGAACCGUUUGAAGUGUAUUGUGAACAGAAAUCGUUCGGAGGUGGAUGGAUUGUGUUUCAGUUCCGUUACGACGGAUCAGAGGACUUUUACCGAGGGUGGAAUGAGUUUCGUGACGGUUUUGGAGAUGUGAACGAUGAGUUUUGGUUAGGUCUCGAGAAGGUCCACCAGAUAACAAAUGGUCGCAAGCAUGAGCUGAUCGUUGAAUUGAAAGACUUUAGUGGAACGUACAAAUAUGCGCGGUACGAUGCAUUCGAGAUCGGUAGUGAAAGUGAGCAAUAUGUGCUGAAGGAAUUAGGAAAACAUACGGGAACAACGGGUGAUGCAAUGUUUUAUAAUUCUAAGGGUAGAAAGUUCUCAGCGAAAGAUCGGGAUAUUGAUGAGAGCAGCUACUUUCAUUGCGCACAGUACCUCGAAGGUGCAUGGUGGCACAGUACGUGUACUUUAUCGCAUUUGAACGGGCGAUACAUGACUUCUCAAAUUUGCGAUGUUAUGUUUUGGCGUCAUUUCCAAGGCGACUGUCAAGUAUUGAGUUAUUCACGAAUGAUGAUCCGGGAGCUGGAAUAG